CAGAAAAAACAGUAGAAGUGUAAAGGGGGCGUGGCGCGUGUGCCACAGUUAAGCCCAGUCGGGCAUAACUCCGCGCGACUCGGCCGUAGUUCGACGGAGUGACUCGCGAGUGACGUUUGUCUGUGCACUUAAAGAAAAAAAAGGAAAAAGCUAGUGAACAUGCCCACUUGCUCCGUUUUGGAGUGCAAAAAUAAAAGCAGCACCAAAAAUAUCUCCCAUGGUGGCGUUUCGUACCAUCGGUAAGCAUUAUUUAAUUUUAUUUUAAUAGAUUUGUGACUUAUUUUACGCGAGACACUUUUUUAUUAAUGAGCCUCACAAAAAUAAACUCUAUCAUCAUGUAGUAAAGUCGCUAUUCGCAUUAAGCGAAAAGCAAAGCUAAAUCGCCAAAAGACUAGAACAUUCGCUACUCGAUCGUCCGUUGACCCGUAGAAAUAGAUACGCGGUGUUGUCGAUAAUGUCGAUAAAGUUAUCGACAUUGUUUUUGUGCAGUGUUUGAUAUUAAUGUAAGUUGAAUUAUGUGGUUUUCAAGUUUAUACAAAUUAAAUUUAUGUAAUAAUGUGGUUUAUUGUACAUAUAACCGUUCGUCGGUUAACUAUAAGUAAAGAAUACUUGGUGAUAUCAUAUUUAUCCUUUUUCACUUAUUUUAGGUUUCCUAAAGAUCCUUUUCAAAAGGAAAAAUGGAUCGAUGCUACCGGGAGACAGAAUUGGAUGCCAGUGAAUUCCAGUACCAUAUGUUCGAUUCAUUUCAGCGAGAAUGAUUUUCUUAUUACGGCAAAAGGCUACAGAUAUUUAGCUAAGAGUGCAAUCCCGAUUAAGAAAAUAGUUAUAUUCCAUGAUCAUAUAAGCACGGGCGGUGAAACAAGUCUAAACCUAUCUAAAAAAAGAAAGGCGGAUUUCAGUAAUGACUGUGAUUCCAACUCUGGACCCUGUACAAAAAAAUCUUAUGAACCGAGUGAAGACGCAAGUUUCGAUAUUCCUUAUAAUAUGCCUGGUCCUUCUAGAAAACAAGACAUAUACGAGUUAAGUAAUAUAAAUGUGAAAAAAGAAACACAAAUAAAUGAAAUGACACAUAGUACAACUGUUAUGACCAAAUCCACAGCUUUAACAAAGCGGGUGGCAGAAGAAAGCCUAGACUUUACACCACGGAAGAAAAGUCGUAGCAGUAGUAUCCAGGUAACAGGAAUUAAACGGGGUACGUCUGUACUUGAGGAGGACAGUCCCGGAGUAAUAAAAAAAACGCGAAAAGACGAUGACGUACGAAUUUCUUUUAAACGUGGUUCAUAUGUACUUAUGGAGAGUAAUCCAGUCACUAAUAAAAAAAUGCGCAUGGAAGAAGAUAUACGAGGUCAUGCUAAAAAACGAGUUGGUAAUUUUAACCCUGACUGUCAAACAAGUCCAAAAAGAUCAAAAAUAGAUCCAGAUCAACUAUCGGAAUUUACUUACUCUACUCCGAGAAAAAUAAAACUUUGUGCUAAGUUGCGUUGGGCUGAAAAUAAGGUGAAAACACAAAAACUAAAAAUUAAAAGGUUGCAAACCCAAAGUCGCAGAUUAAAAAGAAAAAUAAAUAAAAUGGAAGAUAUUCUAAAAGAAUUAAAAGAGAAGUUUGCCAUGUCAAAUGAGAACAUAUCAACUUUACAAAACCUUAAUGUGCAGGUUUGUUAAUGUGAUCAUUUGCAUGUUUUUAAUGUAUUUUUGUGUAUUUUAGAUUGUUGAUUAAAUGUGGUUAUUAAAUACUAGUAGUUCUUAACUCUGAUAGAGCUGUAAUUUAGUAUGAUUUUAUCUACAUUCAUAUCAUAAUUUCUAUAUUAUAUGCUUAGGGGCGAUAUAAAAAAAAUCGGUAUCCGCUAGUGCAUCAUAAUGUAAACAUUAAGAUAUCGGCAACCGAUACUUUAAUGACAUUAAAAUUUAGAACGUUCUGCUCAGUACAAAAAAUCAUAUUUGCGAUUGUGUUUCGUUUCAAAUAUCGAACGUUUUAAAAGUGAAGUGACUUUCAAUCAGUAGUUGAUCCUCUUUUGUGAAUAUAGGCUUUAUAUAAAUGUACAUAGUGUUGAAAAAUCCUCCUAAUGCUCAAGGUCCUACCUGUAGCACUUAUUAAUUUCGAUUAAAUUCAAAUCAGAUUAAAUUGGAACA